AUGUUUCUACAAAUAUUUCUCCUAUUUUCCUCCGGAGUUUUUGCAGUCAAACUUCCUGGAAAUUCAGUUCUUCCAAAACUGAAAUUAACAACUGGUUAUUUGGCAGGCAAUUCAGAAGGCAAUUGGAAAUUAUUUUAUAGGUAGGAAUGAGAAAAUUCUAUGUUGAUGAAAACAAGAAUUUUUUGGGUUAAAGUUUGAUCGAAGCUCGUGAUCUACCAAAAUCAAAAGCUCCUCUUUUAAUAUGGUUCAAUGGUGGUCCAGGUUGCACUUCUUUGGGUGGAAUGUUUGAAGAAUUUGGUCCACUUUAUCCACAUUUUGAUGGUAAAACACUUUUUGAAAAUGUGAAUUCAUGGUAUCACGUAAGUGUAAAUACUCGAUAAAUUUUUGAAAAUUAAUGAUUUUUAAUUGAUCAGAAAUCAAAUUUGUUGUUUAUCGAAUCUCCGAUUGGUGUUGGUUUUUCAUAUGAUACAAAAAAAGCUAACAAUACUAAAGCCGAUGAUAUGACAACUGCUAAAAUGAACUUUUAUGCGAUAACAAACUUUUUUGACAAGUUUGAAGGCUCUGAUAUUUUUAAGAGUUUUGAUUUUUAUAUUUCAGAAAACACCCGGAAUAUAAAAAUAAUGAAUUUUUUAUUGGAACUGAAUCUUAUGGUGGAGUUUAUGGUCCAAUGUUAUCUUCACUUAUAAUUGAAUCAAUUGCAAAUAAAUUAUUUCCAAAUGAAAAUUUCAAGGGUUUGAUGAUUGGAAAUGGAUUUAUGAAUUCGAAAUUAACACAAAAUAUGCAAAUUAUUUGGGGAGUUUAUCAUGCAAGAACACAUGUUGAGUUAGUUUGGUUUUUAUCAAUUAGUUUUUAACAAUAAUAUUUAAUUUAGCGAGUGGGAAGAAAUCAAAGAAAAAUGUCGAACGAAAGGAGCAAAAGAUGUUGAUAAUUAUGAUUUUACUGUAGGUAAUUCACCAAUGAAAUUGAAUUCCGAAAACAACAAUUUUCACUUUGGGUUUUUGUGAAAAAUUGUGUAAAGCCAGAAAAUUAAUUUAAGAAUUUCAAAAAAAAUCAAGUUUGAAAUUUUUUUAAAAGUAAUUCUUCUAGGAAUUCAUGACAACAUCAAACAAUAUGGAUUGGACAGCUAAUAAUUCAACAGAAUGUGGUUUACUUAUUGACACUUUGAUUGCAAAACCAUUUGAAGAACUUACUUAUGAUUUUUAUAAUUAUUAUCAAGUUUGUUAUGUUAAUAUGACAACUACACCAGAUCCAUAUAAAGAAACUCUGAAAAAAAUCAAGAAAAAUGGUAGGAAAUUUUCAGAUUGAUUUAUUUUCUGAAUUUGAAUCGUACCCAAAAUUUGAUGUUACAGACCUAGAUUCUCGUUCGAAUUUCUUCCAAUUUAUGUUUUCAGGUAUCCAAGCCCUUCUGAAUACGUAUGGCACAAAUCCUCUUGGAAUGUCGUGUUGGUUGGAUUCUGCAUUGAAAAAAUAUUUGAAUCGAAAAGAUGUACAAAAAUCAUUGAAAAUUGAUGAAUUAUGGAGGACUCGGGAUAAAGAAUGGAAUAUUUGCAGGUGAGUUUUUGAUUGUAUUUUGGAAAAAAAUAGGUUAUUGAUUUUUGUAGCAGUGAUUUAUAUGAAAACUACACAAUGACAUAUAAUGAUAUGACUCCUUUUUUCAGUCGGAUUUUUGAAAAUAACACGGUAAGUAGAGCAAAUAUCAAAAAGGUUUUUUGAGUCCGAAUCAUCACACUGAAUGAAAAAAAGUUUUUUAAGCUUCCAAAUUUUCGAAUAUUGUUGUAUAAUGGAGAUAUCGAUACAGCUUGUAAUUAUUUGGCAGAUCAAUAUUUUGCAAGAAAUUUAGCAAGACUUCAUGGAUUCAAAAAAGUUUACAUUUGUUUUCAGUUUUUUUUUUUUUGGAAAAAUAUGAUUACAGAUAAUCAAACAUUCUCCAUGGUUUCAUUCUGAAAUGAAAAACUUGGCCGGGUUUUAUUUAAGAUAUGAAAGUCCAAACUCAAAUCGAACUAGAAUAACUUUAGAUGUUCUUACUGUAAAGGUAACGAUCUAAUCAGAUAUUGGCGAUAUCUGUUGUGUUUUUUUUCAGGGAGCUGGACAUUUUGUGCCAUUUGAUAAACCUGCUGAAUCUUAUCAAAUGUUCAAUAAUUUUAUAUUUUCACAAAAUCCGAACUACUCAAAACCAAUAAUUUCUUCAUUCUUCACAAAACUCUAA